AUGGUAAACGUUAUCAUUGAGACACUCUUUCGCGUGUGUACGUCAAUCACGUCCGUCAGUGUAACGUUGAGUAUGGUGCCGUCCAUGUACCGCAUCUACUGCAACAAAGACACGGGUGUUGCAUCCGUGCUCCCACUGGUUUGCAUGGUUGCCAAUGCCCACGUGUGGAUGCUCAAUGGCGCCGUCGUGGAAAAUUGGUUCCCCAUGUUUGCUACUUUUCUCACAUCCGACGUGAUAGCGAUUGGUUACGUGACCGUCUUCUGCUGUUUUGCACGGGACCGCAAGAAAUCGAUCUACAGCAUCCUCAUUGGAGCUACCACUCUCAGCCUCAUAACGGCGUACGCAAUCGCUGGCCAUGCAGGGUACACGAACCAGUCGAAAGAAGGCGUGGAUAUGACACUAGGCAUCCUUGGGGUCACAGCUGGUCUCAGUAUGUUUUGUUCCCCUUUUGAGCGAAUUCUGAAAGUCCUGCACUACAAGUCGGCAGCAUUCAUCCCGAUUCCAAUGGUAGCUGCUGGUGCCCUGAGCAACGUCAUGUGGAUUGUCUACUGCCCCAUGGUCGGUCGCUGGUUUUUGUUUGGAGGCAACGCGACAUGUCUGAUCUUGUGCUCGGUCAACAUUGUGCUCUACAUCAUCUACAACCCCAAGACGCAUCCACUAUACCUCGAAGAAGGUGAUCCCGAUGCGUAUCAAGGAGAAUUACCGAAAUUCGAGCUCGUGUCGAUCUCUGCAAUGCGCUCGUCGCUUCGAUCGGACGGAGACGUCAGCUGGAAAGCCAAGCAGCACUUACCCAGUCCAGCGUACAGCUUUGUGCACUCGCCGGCUGCCAGAAAUUUAUCCGAUAUUAGUUGUCGGGUGUAA